AUGCAGCAUGCACGGCCUGGCAGGACCAGCGGAGCGUCUGGCCAUGGUGAUUCUGAUGAUGACGAAGAUGAUGAGGUCAUUGACAUCCAACCAUUUGUUCGGCCACGCCGGGGUGGUGUCUGUGCUGAGCCUUGGAUCCAGGGCUACUUCAAGGAGAAGUACUGGACCAAGCACGAAGCUUGGGAGACGAUCUUGAGAGAAGUGAUGAGGGAAGCCACUGUAUUCAAGCAGUUCGGAGACAAGGAUCUAGAGCGGUUUAUUCGGCCGAUGGAGACGCACCUGCGCUACGACGGUGAAGUCUUCGCUGAAGAGGGUGAGCGUGCCGACAGCUUAUACGUUGUGCUCGAGGGAACUCUUGCCUGUUACCAAAGUGGAAAGGCGGAGCCUGUGGCACGAAAGACACAGGGAGCGUUGCUGGAUGAGGCAGCAGUGCUCUUUGCAUACCCAAGGAGAUACUUGAUGAAGGCAGAGGGUGAAUGCAUUGUGGCCAAGCUGACCCACAGUGAAUACGUAACUCUUUGCACGCGAAUGGCCUUCCGCGCCAGAUCCAGGUACAAACACAUGUUGAAGAACUCCAAAAUGUUGGAGAUGAUGGAAGACGAGGCAUUGGAGAAGCUCUGCGAUGCCUUCACCCUCCGCAGGUACCAAGCUGGUGACAACAUUGUGACCCAGGGCGAGUCAGGUCAAGAGUUCUACCUCAUCACGUCUGGUACUGCUCGUGUGUGGGUGAAAAGUGGCGACGAUGAGCAGGAAUACGUGCGCCUCCAGAAAGGAAACCUCUUCGGUGAGCGUGCCCUGCUCAAGAAUGAGCCACGUGCUGCCUCAGUGACGGCUGUGACGGAGGUGGAAGUCUUGGUGCUAAGCCGUGGGAAGUUUGAGCGUUUGCUGGGCUCCAUGGACGACUUGCAGCAGCAGCAGUAUCUUACAGAUCCCAGAAAGCUCAUCGCGGACUUUUACCAGAAUGGUGAUAGUCGUGGGCCUGGCGGCUCGAUUGCGCGCCACAAGAUGAAAGGAACAGAGGGUGUAGAGACACAGUGGUUUGUGGUGUAUCGACCCACGAGCAAGGAUGCUAUUGCAAAGAUGCUGUCAGGGGCGGCUGUGGGCAAGGGAUUGAAUGUGAAGGGGAAGUCAGCCAAGAAAGGCGUACUUUCUGGCUUCGUGCCUUUCGUCCAGAUUAGCGAGAACGAGCACAAGAAGAUCAUUGAGGAUUCCCCUCCGGAUUCCAGAAUAGUAGUGUACUACAAAACCAAAGCAGCUCGAGAAGAAGCCCGCAAGGCACUCCAAGCGGUUUUGGACACAGCGCACCACCUCAAGAUUGAGAUGCGAAGCAUUGUGGAUGAGGACUCCUACAAACCCGAUGUGUGGGGACUGGAGAUGCCGGAGCCUUUGAUGCGUGAGGCGUACAUCAUUCAAAAGGACAUUUCACCGGUCAUGGGCUGGGAGACUGGACGACGCUCUGAGCCGGCCUUCAUGGACAUGAACUUGCAUGCCAUUCGUGGCAAAUCAGACCCGCAGGUGGUGCUGUACCAGAACGAUGAAGCAGAUAUCAUGAAUCCUCGUGGCUUGCUCAUCGCCUAUGCGGAGGUCUUUGUGAAGCCAGUCGUCUCAGACUUUGACACCUUCACCGUAGGCUCCAAGAACAUGGUCUAUGAGUCCUUGCCAUCUGAGCAGGCACAGCUCAUUCUCUGGCUGUUGGAGCACACGGAGGGGAUUCUCAAGUCCUUGGAUCACCAAAGCUGGAACUCCCGGUGGCUCGAAGUGCUGGCCAAGGAGAAUGAGAGAGGAUUCCAUCCAGUGAUGCUUGGGCGCAGGGCAAGUGGUGGGUCUAGGUACACGCUGAUCCAGGAUGCUACUCACCUGCAAGACAGCCCCGUAGAAGAGCUGGACGAUGAAUAUUUGAUUGUUUGGCAAGGCUUCACUGGAAAGCCCUGGGACUACAAGACGGAGGCCGGCCUGCGCGAGUUCCUCUUGGAGCGAGCCCAGCGCUUGGUAGAAAGGGUUGAGUGCCCAACUGACGCGUUUUUUGAACUUCGCAGGCCCUGCAGCCAACUUUCUGGGAAGUUUGCUUGCAAAUCAAGCCAAGUGGUGAAUAAUGUUCUGUGCGCGUACAUUAAACAAAUAUAUAUAUAUAUUUACGAAAGCCAGCUGAUAGGCUAG